AUGGCAGCAACAUCCAGUUCUACCCAAGGAACCUUACCUUAUGGUCUACCUGAAGAAAGGCGGAAUCGUUCCUGCCUCCCCGUCACGGACUGGGAAGGAAGGUAUAAUGACGAAGAAGGCGUGAGAUGUCCGUAUAUCCGGGGAAAGAGCCACGGGGCCAAGUUUUACAACCUACGGAGUACCGCAGUUGCUCGCUCCUUCAUUCCGUACCAGUGUUUCUUCGUAACACUCUACCAACGCAUUCCCCGCCAGACUUCUCCAUUCUCUGCCCCAUGUGCUCCAUCCCCCGGUCCCAUAACUUGUAAUAUAUCCCUACCGAGUACUCGUACUCUGCACGGAACCAAUGCUACUGCUACUGCUACCCCUACUGCGACUCCUCACUUCCUCCUUCCCAUGCUCCAUUCUCACGCGUCCAAAGCGGCCUCCUCAAUCCGACCUACAGUCCUCCAACCUGACAUCUGGGCUUGUUGCUCCCGCCAGCAACGCUUAUUCACGAACCUCCCUGUCUCUCUUACCGAAAUCUUUCCUGUCAUCCAACAUCACUCGUCUCCCCUUGGUCACUUUCGUAUCUCGAUACUGACUGACUGUCCAUGUCAUACACGCAUCUCGGAUAACUCACCAUCAACUUCUGCCUACUCCUCUUCACCCGCUCAAAACCCGCCCGGAGCUGCUCCGCGACUCCUUACCCUCGUUGCCAUCGACCUGGAUCAUCAAGGAGGCGUCUCAAGAAUAGCUCCGCUUACAACUCGCCAAUCCCUGCUGUAG